GUCAGCACCUCGCGGAAAUACUGCCGCGAGCAGGUCGACCGGAUCAGACCCAGGAGUUGUGAUGUUUUUCCAAUCGAAUAGAGAGUGUAAUAUCAAAUAACCCAUCGUUAUCUAGUUGUACCACUCGUUGAGUUAGUGCUUUUGUCCUUAAACCGCAUCCGGUGCCGGUUCCGGUUGAUAAGUGCCACAGAAAAGGGGGGACAAAAUGUCCCUGUUCCAGUCUGCACUCGAGUUCCUGGCCGGGCCCGGCGGAUCCGCCGGUGCCAGCCGCGAUCAGAACGACUUCGUCGGGCAGGUGGUUGAGCUCGGGGAGCUGAAGCUCCGGAUCAAACGAGUCAUCGCGGAAGGUGGCUUUGCAUUUGUGUAUGAAGCCCAGGAUUUGGGCAGCAGUAAGGACUAUGCCCUCAAGAGGCUUCUUUCCAAUGAAGAGGAAAAGAACAAAGCCAUCAUUCAGGAAGUCUGCUUCAUGAAAAAGCUGUCUGGUCAUCCUAAUGUUGUGCAGUUCUGCUCCGCUGCGUCCAUCAGUAAAGAAGAGUCGGACACAGGCCAGGCUGAGUUCCUCAUUCUCACUGAACUCUGUAGAGGUCAGGUGGUUGACUUUGUGAACAAAGUGGAGCAGAAUGGGCCAAUGUCAUGUGACACGGUUCUGAAGAUUUUUUACCAGUCAUGUCGUGCCGUGCAGCACAUGCACAAACAGUCUCCACCAAUCAUACACCGGGACCUGAAGAUCGAGAAUUUGCUAAUCAGUCAUCAGGGCACCAUAAAGCUGUGCGACUUCGGCAGUGCCACAACCAUCGCACAUUAUCCAGACUACAGCUGGUCUGCUCACAAGAGAUCGAUGGUAGAAGACGAGAUUACUAGAAACACGACUCCAGCAUACAGGACGCCAGAGAUGAUAGACCUGUAUUCCAACUACCCAAUAAAUGAAAAACAAGACAUAUGGGCUCUGGGCUGCAUUUUGUACCUGCUCUGUUUUAAGCAGCACCCUUUUGAAGAGGGAGCCAAACUCCAGAUAGUCAACGGCAAAUACAACAUUCCUCAAAAUGACACCAAGUACACAGUCUUUCACCAGCUCAUCCGGUCGAUGUUGAAAAUCAACCCAGAGGAGCGGCUGUCAAUCAACGAACUGGUUAACCAACUGCAGGAGGUAGCCGCAGCCAGAAACGUCAACCCUAAAUCACCCAUUACCGAGCUGCUGGAGCAGAAUGGAGGGUUUGGAAACAACAGCGCGCAGCUUCCCUCGCAGGUCAACAACAUGCACAAUGCUGGUGUGUAUGAUGCAGAUCAGGGCAUGGGUGGAGGUCUCCUGGACAUUCUAAAAGGAGGAACCGAAAGAUUCCUCACCAACAUCAAAGACACCUCUUCCAAAGUCAUCCAGUCCGUGGCCAGUUAUGCUAAAGGAGACCUAGACCUGUCCUACAUCACCUCCAGAUUGGCAGUCAUGUCAUUCCCAGCUGAAGGUGUGGAAUCUGCAAUCAAGAAUAACAUCGAGGAUGUGCGCUUGUUCUUGGACUCUCGUCAUGCGGGUCAUUAUGCCGUCUAUAACCUUUCCAAACGUUCCUACAGGCCAGCCCGAUUUCACAACAGGGUAUCAGAGUGUGGUUGGCAGCCUAGACGAGCUCCCACUCUGAGGAACUUGUACAGUAUAUGUAAGAACAUGCACCAGUGGCUUAAACAGGACCAGAGGAACAUCUGCAUCAUACAUUGCCUAGAUGGUCGGGCCGCAUCGGCUGUGAUGGUUUGUUCGUUCCUCUGUUUCUGUCGGCUGUUCUCCACGGCCGAGGCUGCAGUUUACAUUUUCAGUAUGAAACGAUGCCCUCCCGGUAUCUCACCAUCACACAAACGGUAUAUUGAAUAUAUGUGUGAUAUGAUGGCAGAAGAGCCCAUAAUCCCACACAGCAAGCCCAUAAUCAUCCAGUCCAUCGUCAUGACGCCCGUGCCACUCUUUAAUAAGCAGCGCAACGGCUGCCGGCCAUUCUGUGAGGUUUACGUUGGUGACGAGCGCAUCACCACCACUUCGCAGGAGUACGACAGAAUGAAGGAUUUUAAGAUGGAGGACGGGCGAGCAGAGAUUCCUCUGAAUAUUAGUGUACAGGGCGACGUUCUAAUAGUAAUUUAUCACGCCCGUUCCACACUGGGUGGACGCCUCCAGGCCAAAAUGGCCUCCAUGAAGAUGUUUCAGAUUCAGUUCCAUACAGGGUUUGUUCCCAAAAAUGCCUCCACAGUAAAGUUUGCAAAGUAUGAUCUCGAUGCAUGUGACAUCCAGGAGAAGUACCCUGACCUCUUCCAGGUGCAUCUAAAUGUGGAGGUGGAGCCUCAGGAUCGCCCUAGCAACAAGACCUUGCCCUGGGAGAACUUUGCCACUAAAGGACUCAAUCCUAAAAUUCUUUUCUCCAGCCGAGAUGAACAGCAGGAGAUCCUCACAAAGUUUGGUAAACCAGAGCUUCCACGGCAGCCUGGUUCUACAGCCUGCUACGCCUCUGAUCCACCCCAGCCAGAGCACUCUCCAGAGGGACCACAGAUAGAGUCAGAGUGCCCUUCCCCUCAAAGCACCGACACUAACGCCAACAACUUCUUUCACACACUCGACUGGGAAGAUGGGAGAAGGCAGUACGAUCGCUCUGACGCCCAAUAUGAGGACCAGGAUGAUUUGAGUGACAGGUCAGAGGAGGAGUCAGUGUCUUACUCUGCCCCCGUUGACGGGACUAUAUCACGAGACACCAGUGAACCACUUUUCGAGGCGGACUUCACAACCACACCACCUGACCCCCAGCCCGACACUGAGGACCUGCUUGGCCUGAACUCUGACCCCAGCCCUCCAGCUGGGACCGCUCACACAGGUGUUUCAGCUGAGACGGGUUUGAAAAAUUCCGGCAGUAACAGCGAUUUACUGACUGACCUGUUCGCACCCCCGCCCAGCACUGCACCUUCAGCUAACACAGAAGACCUGCUUGGAGAAGAUACAGCAGAGGAUCUGUUCUUCACCAACACCACCAGUCAUUCAGCACCUGCACCGACAGCCAAUAAAGACCUCUUUGACCCGUUUGGUGUGAGCUCGGUGUCUUCAGGGUCAGAUCUGUUUGGUGACCUGCUUGGCUCGGAUAGUGGCAGUAGUGCGUUCAAAGCUCCGCCUCCUGCCUCUAACUCCUGUCUCUUCAACCUUAAUAAGUUAGCGGGUGAUGCCCCUAAAAUGACUUCAUCGUCAAGUCAGCCCGAUCUUUUAGGUGGGUGGGACAGCUGGACAACAGCAGGAAGCAGCACGACUACUAACAUGACCACUGUUGCCAGCAAAUCUACCAUGAGUGCCUCAGGAGUGUCCUCUUUCUCCAAGGCCAAAUCGCAAAAUUUUGACCCAUUUGCAGACCUAGGCAACCUGGCCUCCACACUACCUGGCAGAGAGUGCUCGUCCAGUGCUGUUUUCUCUGGCUCUGGUUUUAAAACGGCACCCUCUGCAGGUGGCCCUAAGAACUCCGGUCAGCAGUGGCAGAAAAAUCCUCGGCCCUCCUCUGGCCCCAGCAAACCCUGGAUGCCUCCAAACUCCGCUCCCAAACCACAAGCCCAGCCCUCGAAACCUGCCACCCAACCAGCCAAAGCAAAUUACAAGCCCAGCUUCAGUGUGAUCGGUGGACGGGAAGAGAGGGGUAUCAGGGGGCCCAGCUUUGGUCCAAAGCCCAAAGUAAAGGUGGAUGACUUUGAGGAUCUUCUCUCCACACAAGGCUUUAGCUCCAAACUUGAUAAGAAGACACCCAGAACCAUCGCUGAGAUGAGGAAGCUGGAGAUGUCAAGAGACAUGGACCCUCUCAAACUACAGAUCUUAGAUUGGAUUGAGGGUAAGGAGCGUAACAUCAGAGCGUUGCUCUCCACACUACACACAGUCCUGUGGGAGGGAGAGACACGCUGGAAACCUGUCAAUAUGGCUGAUCUAGUCACACCUGACCAGGUGAAGAGGGUCUACAGGAAAGCCGUGCUUGUUGUGCACCCGGACAAGGCUACAGGUCAGCCAUACGAGCAGUACGCUAAAAUGAUUUUCAUGGAGCUGAGCGAUGCCUGGUCAGAGUUUGAGAACCAAGGAUCCAAAGCCCUUUUCUGAGCAUGCUCAGUGAGGGUCUGCCGGGUACAAUGCACCCCCUAAACGCAGGCUGAGGCCCAGUGCUCUCCCUCCACACAAACAGAUACACUGCCACUGAGAGUACACAGUGGAUUGGAGAGAGAGAAUCUAAAGUGUGACAGAUGUUUCCGUCUGAAAACAAAGCAAGAAGACAGAAAGGAAACGAAACUCUUUCUGUUUGAGGAACGGACAAAUAUCUUUUUGACACACUAUGUCACACUCUCCCAAGGAGUGAAACCUGUAGCACUGGAUUUCUCUGCCUUUAAAAUGAGACCAUGCUAUCAUCCUUUUGGCAUUUGAAGACGAAUAAAAACCACACACACCUGAAACUGCAGUCUGCACUUCAAAUGAGCUUCAAACAGAUGAUUUCUGGAAAGAUAGGAACAUGAGAGAAAUUAUAAUUGCUGAUUUAUUUUAUGCCGUGCUAUGCGUCCAACUGUGUCAUUUAUUUGUUUUCUUUCUCUUGAGUCUUAUGUGAUUUGUCAAUUAUUGAUGUAAAUAUUUGAUCUCUCUCUCUCUCUCUCUGUCUGUCUGUCUGUCUGUCUGUCUGUCUGUCUGUCUGUCUGUCUGUCUGUCUGUCUGUGUGUGUGUGUGUGUGUGUGUGUGUGUGUGUGUGUGUGUGUGUGUGGAUAUAGUGUU